UCAUGUACCGGAACGAGGAAGUCACGCUGAGAGACAUCGUGCAUUUCAGAGCGCAUUUGCUGGUCGACAGCCGAAACUUGAAGGAGUCACUAGAACGGGCAGAAUGGAGCCUCGGCGUGGAGCUAUGGUGCAGCGAGGGGGCGCAGUCCGGCACCCUCGCGCCGGUCAUCUGCCGGGUGCUCAAACUGCACUUCCAGCCGGCCCAGGGUCUGCACUACCACCUGCCGGUGUUGUUCGACUACUUCCACCUCUCGUCUGUCUCCAUCACCAUCCACGCGAGUCUGGUUGCUUUGCAUCAGCCCUAUAUCAAGAAAAGCAUCAUGCAUUAUGUGCAAAGCUGCGCCCCACGUUCCAGUAAGCAGUGGGGCAAGCUCAUGAAGAGUGCGGGUUCGAACUUCAACACUUCUGGGAGCUUCGACAACGUCCUCUUCGGAGCCACAGCGAAGUGUGCUGGCGGUAAUUCUAGCAAGAUUGCGCAUGCGAGACAAGUGCACGCCGAAAUCUGCGGCAUUCUGCUGGGGUCUCUGGAAGGCCUGCAGAGCGCCCUGUCUGUGUGCGGUUCUGCGGGCGUAAUGCUGACCCCUGAGGAGUCCACCAAUAACUCCGUCGUCGGCGAGGUCGCGCAGAGGCUGCAAGAGUUGAGCGACAUCGGCAAGAAGUCAGAAGCAGGCGAAGAAGAGGAAUGGGCUAUGGGGGCAGCGCACGAUAUCGCUCGGCUCUGCGCUGAGGUCACGCUGCGGUGGCGCGCCUUCCUGCACCAUGUGACAGACCGGCCCCAUGUGCAUCAUGCUCUUGCUGCUCGUCAUCAUGCCUUGCGCAUCAAGCGUUUCUCCGAAUGCUUCUUCGUGCUGGACAAUCCCAGGCACUCGCUCGCCGGCUGCUACGACAGCAACUACCAGUCGUACCAGAGCGUCGGGGAGGCGGCGAGGAGGUCCCGCUACCUGGCCCUCCUGCCUCCUCUGCCGGUGCACUGUAUUGCCCUGGACGGGGACCCGCAUAUCAUGCCUAUCAUCUUUGAGGAUAGAUAUCAAGAUACAGCGGAGUUCGCAAGACGUCGUUCCUUUUUAAAUUCUAGUGCUAGUAAAGCUGGUAGUGAUCCGUUUUUAUGCAUCGAUUCUAUGGAAUCGUGUGGCUGCAGCAAUGUGAGUCCAAUCUUGGAUUCAAGGAGACCUUCAUCAGAAGCUUCAAGAGUUACCCUCACCCUCCCGAAAACAAUAAUGGAUGUUCUAGAACCACAAUUUAAUGCCCCCAAAUCUGGCGAAAGUGUAGUACAAGCUACGCUGACUCUAGCCCCACAAAAAUCUGCUCGAGGUUCCCCAAAGCGAGCACUUGUCAAACAAAAUGUAGUUGAAAUGGCUAAAGCUCACAAUAAACAAUUGGAAUUGACUGGAAGGAAUCGAUACAUAGUGCAAAAUAAUCAAAUUAGUGAAAUACAGUUACCUCCAAAUAAUGCAUUUGCAUCUUGUCCCAUACAACAGGGACAACAACUAUCUAGGUAUUCAGCAUCAACAUUAUUAGAUAUGAAUACAGCUAAAGGUUCUGCCAAUAUUUCACAUUCUGGGAGAGACUUAACUGAUCCGAAUGAGUUUCGACCAAAACGUGAAAUAACAAGUGGAGUUAGCACACUGCCUGCUAGACAUAGUAAAUCGUUGGAUCAGUUAAGAGUCGCACAAAUGACGCCACUGAGCAACCCACAAACGCUUGCUAAAACUGUGAAAAAUGGUUCAAAUUCUUCAGUUAAUUAUCCCAAAUCUUACCAUCCACCACAACAAAUGAAGCCCACAACUCUUCCGCGAAGUGUGACUACUACGGCAUACCCAACAAAUACUACCACUAGGUGCCCAAAGGGUGAUGACUACAGAAGAAAUAUUAGUGAAUUUAGAGAAAAAUACAAGAAUCCUUGUCAAGGAAUGAACAAUGAAGUAUUCCACAACGUGGGAUAUAAGUAUGAUGGCGUGUCGAAAUCGAAUCCUAACCAAGUGUACGGUUAUACUUUCGGUAAUCAGGGUACUCUGCCAGCGAAUAAUGUUAUUCGUAAUCCGUUAGAAUUUCAAAGAGGCUAUAGUGUAAAUUUACCCCGUCCUAUGUUGCCUCCACGUAAUUCUUACCCACCGGUUAGUGGGAAAACUCAAGCGACUGAUCAAAGUAACUUAGUUUCUAAUAAGCACGUUCAUAGGUCAAACUCUACUCACGUGUUCCACCAAAAUGCAGAAAAUCCUCAGAUAGAUAUUGAGGCAGCUCGAAAUCAACUGAGGCAUGAACUAAACUACUACCUUCAAAAGGGAGAUUGGAGUUACGACUUCAAUACAGGCAGUUUAAUACAAAACUAUCAGAAAAAAUCCAGUAAAAGCAGUGAUGACAGUGGAUUUGUGAUGACAUUAGACAGAAGCAGUGAUUGUACGUCUAAAUCUACGUAUUCGAAAACCCCACCGUCUACUCCGCAUUCAACAUUGCCAUCAGUAAGGCAUAAAAAGAGUCGGUCUAAAGAAUCAAAAUUAAAUAACAGUGGAAAAGAACAUUCAAAAGUGAACUCAAGUAGAGACUCACUAAGUAGCCAUCAUUCUAUUAGAUCAAGAGAUAGCAAAUCAGAUCGUCAAACAUCAAAGUCUGAAAGAAGCACACCCAAAUCUGGUAGAGGUACUCCAAAAUCUGGCAAAGCUACGCCCAAAUCUGGUGGGGUUACGCCUAGGUCUGGCCUGGCUACCCCCAAAUCUGGUAGAGCUACUCCAAAAUCGGGUGUAGCGACGCCAAAAAGUGGUAGAUCAAGUGGAAAACCAGAAAAACGCUCGAAACACAAGCCCUCAGAGAAAAUGACACAGCUAAUGUCUGAGGCAGCCUCCUCAUCUAGUAAUGAAAGUAUACCAUUUGAAUUAAGGAGGUUGGAGUCAUCUGCAAGUGUGCCCUAUAGCCUUGAUCAUGGUCCUGAAUUACUUCGCCAUUGUCGAAGUGCAGCAUCAGUACUAGAUGAACCUAAUAUAAACAACAACUUUGGAUCUGAAUCACUACCCAAUUUAGCACCACCUCCAGCGUUUGAAUCGCCACCGUUAGAUAUAGGAGAUAAAGAUUUCAAAAUAUCACCGCCAGAAAAUUUCUUGAAUAAAGAGGAAAAAAGAAGUAGAAGUUGUUCCACUUCAAGUUUGAGUGAACAAAGUGGAUGGGUUUCUAGUGCGCGAAGCUCGGGGCCAUCGUCGCCUGAUAAUGCCAGUUGUCAAUUAAAUGAAAAAUUCAUUCCACCUACUACAACCGCCGCUCCUAAAAUUCCUUGUCCAAAAUAUGAAGGCGAAGUGAUCAAACCGCGAAAAGCUGAAGGUGAGUCAAUAAGUGACUUCAAGAGAACUGUACUUAACGGUGAACAGUUACGAGAACGCCUUAUGAAACUAGCCGUAAAAGUAUCUCAGAAUAAUUCCAACGAAAAAAUAGAAUGCUGUGAUAAAGAAGUUUGUGAAGAAUGUACAAUAUGUAGCGAUUCCAUUUGUACAGAUAGCCAAUGUGAAUAUAACAAAUUAAUGCACAGCAAUGGAAUAGACGCUGGUUGUAAUUCGGACACAUGUUCAGCGAGUUGCUUCAAGCAAUUCUCUGAUACAAGUUCAGCAAAAGUCAAUCAGAGGCAUAACUCGUUUAGCGCUGGGCAGGGAAAAUCUUACAGUACUAACAUCAAAACUUCAAAUGAAGGCUCUGUGAAGAAAUCUCAGACCGUAAGCGACAAUUUGCAUCCUUAUAUACGCAAAGAGAUACAAAGUAAACACCAGCAAUUGCAGCAGCAAAAACAACAACUGCAACAACAGCAGCAGCAGCAAUUGCAAUCAGGAAAGUCAAGCACAUUAGAUAAAAACAAAUUAAGGGAAAGAAUAGAAUAUACGGAGAAAUUAAUAGCAGCAGAACUUCGAAGUUUAACAGUAGAUCGCUCUUGUAAAUCUCAUAAUGGCAAAAAAGUUGCUGGUGGCCCGGUGUCUGCUAUACAGAAGUACUCAAAUAAAGCCAAGUCCGAGGUGAAUUUGUCUAAUUUCAUGACUGACAAUGAUUACGAACAUUUGCCUCCGCCUCAGCAGUUCAGAGAUGCUCCACCGCCACCUGAUCAAUUUAGGGAUCCACCUUCAAAAUCUCCAAAACUUAGCAGACAAAGUAGCAAGUCCUCUACUCCUUCGAAGACUCCAAGGAAGCAGCAAACGCAGCCUUCGCCUUUACAACUAGACAAUCCAUUGUAUCAUGUUUGUGAAGGAAUUAUGGAGAGGCGAAAACUGAGAUCACACCAGUCGGUGAACUCCUCUUCCAGCACGCCGGCAGGCACCCUGAACAAAAGUCAGAGUACCGGUGAACUGGCUAGCAGAAACGAUAAUGGAAAUGAACGUGAGAGCAACCUCGUCAGUAUCUUUGGAUUGGCGGAGUCUGAACGUCUCUUCGUGAAGUGCAGAGAAGAAUUCAGACAAAGCGUUAAGUACCCUGGCGCCAUCUACUCAGACUUUCCCCCUGUAGAGAACUCUUUACCUUACUUCCAUAUCAGCGACGAAUAUAGAAUGUUCAACACCGAAGGGCUGCAUCUCAUCAUUUGCGUACAUGGCUUAGAUGGCAACGCAGCUGAUCUCAGAUUAGUCAAGACUUAUCUAGAAUUGGGUCUGCCUGGAGCAAGAUUAGACUUUCUAAUGUCAGAGAGGAAUCAAGGAGAUACGUUUUCAGAUUUCGAUACUAUGACUGAUAGGUUGGUCCAAGAAAUUCUUACCCACAUACAGAAUUCUAGUGAACCGGCUAGAAUCAGUUUCGUGGGUCACUCCCUGGGCACGAUCAUUAUCAGAUCAGCUCUGGCCAGGCAGCAGAUGAAGCCGUUCCUGGGGAAACUGCACACAUUCCUGUCGCUUAGCGGACCUCAUCUAGGCACGUUAUACAACUCUAGUGGCUUGGUGAAUGCAGGAAUGUGGUUCAUGCAAAAGUGGAAGAAAUCAGGAUCCCUCCUUCAGCUUUCCCUUCGCGAUGCUUCAGACCCUCGUCGCUCGUUCCUCUACCGGCUCAGUGAGCGGAGUCAGCUUCACCAGUUCAAGCAUAUCUUACUAUGCGGCUCUGGUCAAGACAGAUACGUACCCUUACACUCUGCCAGGCUGGAGCUGUGUAAGGCUGCUGCUAAGGAUACCUCACUGCUGGGCCAGGCUUAUAGAGAAAUGGUGCACAACAUGGUUUCCCCGCUGGCUGCGCGAGCAUCAACAGUAUCAGUGGUGCGGUAUGACGUGCAACACGCGCUCCCGCACACCGCGAGCGCACUAGUGGGCCGCGCGGCCCACAUCGCGGCUCUGGACUCCGACCUCUUCAUAGAGAAGUUCCUCCUCGUCUCCGCCCUGAAAUACUUCCGAUGAAAGCUUGUCUUUUGUUUCCUUCUUCAAAGCUGUUGAACGUGAUUUACAUGGAGUAUAAUUAUUAUUUAUGGUUUCGUUGGAAUGGAUUAACUAUGUUUGUCAAUCUGUGGUAUGUAUAGUAUUUGCUGGA